AUGUCCCGCCCAGAAUUUCAAGCACCUCCAGAGAUCUAUUAUGGCGACACAGAGGCCAAAAAGUACACUAACAACUCUCGUAUACAGCAAAUCCAAGCGGAUAUGACGUACCGUGCAUUGGAGCUGUUGAGUCUCCCCUCGGACCAGCCAGCCUUGCUGCUUGAUAUUGGUUGUGGUUCGGGACUCUCAGGUGAGAUCUUGGAUGAGGAGGGCUACAAUUGGGUCGGAGUAGAUAUCGCUCCGAGCAUGCUAGAGGUUGCGCUUGAGAGAGAGGUCGAGGGUGAUCUAUUUCUACAAGAUAUCGGCCAGGGAUUCGGCUUCCGUCCAGGUAGCUUUGACGGGGCAAUAAGUAUCUCUGUCAUUCAAUGGUUGUUGAAUGCGGAGACCUCACAUCCAACAUCCUCCCCACCACACCGCCUUACACGCUUUUUCACUACUUUGCAUGCAGCACUACGGAAUCCUUCGCGUGCUAUCUUCCAGUUCUAUCCAACGUCCGAUGACCAAGUUCAGCUCAUCACAUCAAUAGCACAAAAGGCUGGCUUCGGCGGAGGUGUUGUGGUAGACUACCCCAAUUCCAACAAGGCACGGAAAGUAUUCCUGUGUCUAUUUGUAGGAGGUGGGGGUGGACAACAAGUUCCGAAGGGCCUUGAGGUCGAUGCUGAGGAGGAUGACGCCCGGGUGAAGUUCGAGAAGGCAAGAGAACGGCAGCGUAAGCGAGACAAGAGUGGCAAGCGAAAAAGCAUCAAGGACAAAGAUUGGAUCCUCAAAAAGAAAGAGCUGUACCGACGGCGGGGCAAGGAAGGAGUGCCCAAUGACUCGAAGUUUACAGGGCGGAAACGGAAGGCGACAUUCUAG